AUGAGUGAUUCAAUUUCUAUCGAAUCCAUAUCUGAUACUUUAGAAACACAAGAUUCUAAUGAUGCUAAAUCAAUGAUUGAAUUGCCUAUUUCAUCGACAAUUACUAAUAUCAAGAAGACAAAAAUAAGCAUAACAACUGAUAAGCAACAAAUGAUUCAACAAUUUAAGUUAAAUCAUGGCCUAUUCUUGAAUGGAUCCAGUAUAGAACCAAGUAAGCAAGCUAUUAUUGAUAGUGGUUAUUUGGAUAUAAAUGUAUUUGAAGAAGAACCUGUAGUUUAUACUAGUAUAAACGAUCCUUUAUGUCCUACAAAUUUGCUUGCUUAUAAUAACAUUAAUGUUGGUUUUAAUUAUAAUAUACAACUAUCGGAUGUCUGCAUUAAUUUUCCAAUUGCUGAAAUUACUUACAAGGGUAAUCUGUUGGAAUCUUUUUCAAAAUGUACAGAUAAUGAAAAAAAAUUACACAUGAUGUAUGGUCAUUUCCUUGCAAUGAAGUUCUUAGUCGGAGGUCAAUUAUUCAUUAAGGGUAUUAAUUUAUCUACUUCAGAGCAAAUUGAUGUUUUAAAAUUUGAUUUAUUCAAAGCAUAUAAUUCAGCUAAAUAUUCUAGAAAUAUUCCAUUCAAUAACAUAUUUGACUUGAAUCUUUUACCAAGAAUUGAAACAUUGGAUGGGAAAAAAUUAUCUACUCAUGAAGAAUUAUCCAUUUGGAUGAAUAAUUUGUACCAGAAGAAAGUGAUUGAAAUAAUUUCUUAUGAAGACAUCAUUCCCAUUUCUCAAUUAAGGGACAUUACAUUUUCAUCAGAUAUCUUUGAGAAUUUUAAUGAAAAACAACCUGGAAUCGCCAAUUUUGGCGGGAAAUUAAGUUUAGAAGAUUGGGUUGGCGAUUCAUUGCACGAUAACUUAAUGAGUUGGGCUAGUAACUAUCGCCUUUUUCAGGGGCUAGUAUUUAAUAAAAAUAACGAAAUAGAAAUUAGCAAAAAAUUUGCUAUUAAUUUUAUUGAUGAACUUCCGAAGGUCAAGCAAAGUGAUAAAAAUUAUUUGAAAGCGAUCAAGCCGUCAACAAAAUUAGAAGUAAAUUUGAUCUCUAAUAAUAUUCUGACAAUUAAAAAUUUUAAUUCUCAUCCAUUUAUUAAAAGUAAUGUUAAAAGUUAUGGAAAUUAUAAUCAUGUUCUUAUCAAAUUUGAAAAAUAUGAAAUUUUCCUAAAUAAAGAUAAUAUAAAACUUUCAAAAGAAUUUGAAGAAUCAAUAGAAAAAGCACUUGAUAGUAUGAAUCCAUUUGAAGCUUUACAAGACAUAUUUAAUGAAUAUGGUCAUUUUUUUCCACUAAAAAUUGUUUUAGGAAGAUCCCUUAAAAGUAUAAUUCCAAAUAAUUCUUCCAAUACUAUUAAUGAUCAUAUUGACUUAAAACCACCAAUAUUUGAAUCGAUAAAACCACACUUAGACAAGUUGAACAUUUCAUACUUUUUAACACAAAAAGGAAACAUCGUUGAAGAAAAUAAUUUGUCUAACUGGAUAAACAAUUCAAAAAAUUUAGAAAUUAUUGAAUUUGACAAUAUUAUUCCUUUAUAUGAAGUUCUUAAAGCUGUGCAACGAAAAAAAAUCGAAAAAAUAUUUGUAAAUGAUUUUAAAAUUAUAAUGACUGGAAUUACUGAUUUACGCGAUUUAAAUAACAAUAAUGUCGAAUAUUAUAAACAUAUAAAUGUGGAACCAACAUUAGAUGAUGAUAAUUAUAGAGUAUUUGGAUCAAUCAUUUCAAAAAAUUAUUCAAAAUUAGAAGAGUUCUUUGUUAAUUUUGGUUUAUGUGAGUUUAACGGAUUUUAUGCAAUAAUAAGCAAAUUAAUUGAAACGAGCAUCAAUAUAUCGGAAUGUUAUGUUUUAUGGAUGAUUGUUGGGAAUCCUUCAAAAUUAUCAGUUUUUAGUCCAAAUAAUCGGGUAUGCAAAGUCACAUGUUUUGAAAAAUCUAUUACAUACCAACCUAAUAAAACAAAAUACUAUAUCGAGCCACCUCUUCAAUUAUCUCGAGGAUAUGUUAUAUCCGUUCAUACAUAUGAUCCGUCAACGGAUUAUGAACAUAUUGUUAAGUUAGAUUCAUGGAAACAUGGAGCUAUUAAUGUACAAAUGGUCAAACCAACUAUUGAGGUUAAUGAUAUAGAUAUAUCUGUUUGUAUUCUAACUUCAGUUCAUAAAAGGUUGAAAAUUGAUGUUGGGAAUGAAAUAAGUUCUGAAUGUUCUUUCGAUUUACUUGGAUAUAUUUUAACAGAAAAUAAUUAUAAUGAGAACUAA